CGAGUCCCAAAUCCCACCCAUUAAGCACCGCGCCUUGAAUCGCUUCUUCGUCUCUCCCCAUCGCCAGAGAGAUCUAGGGUUCCUAGAUCUCCUCCGCUUCCAAUGGCCUCCAAGAUCGUCAUCGCCCUCGUCUUCCUUUUCGAUCUCAUCGCAUUCGCCCUCGCCAUCGCCGCCGAGCAGCGCCGCAGCACAGCGACGGUUCAGCCGGAUAGCGAGAAGAACUACGACUACUGCGUCUAUGAUUCUGAUAUAGCGACAGGGUAUGGCGUCGGCGCGCUGCUCUUCCUGCUUGCGAGCCAAGUGCUGGUGAUGGCAGUCAGCAAGUGCUUCUGCUGCGGCCGUGCUCUCCAUCCGGGUGGAUCUCGUGCCUGCGCCCUAAUUCUCUUCCUCACCUGCUGGGUGACCUUCAUCAUCGCGGAGGCAUGCUUGCUUGCAGGGGCGGUGAGAAACGCGUACCACACCAGGUACCGCACAUUGUUCGUCAAUGGCCCACCGUCGUGUGAGACGCUUCGCAAGGGCGUGUUCGCCGCCGGCGCCGCUUUCGUGUUCUUCACGGCCAUCCUCUCGGAGUUCUACUACUUCUCCUUCUCCAAAGCCAAUGACUCCGGCGUGCCAGCCUACGGCUAUGGCAAGGAAUCAACCGUUGGGAUGAGCCCUUACACUUGAGAUCCAUUCCAUCGGACGGCCAGGAUUCGCGGCUUCUUGUUUGGUAACUAUGAUCGCUUACCUUUAUAAUCAUAUUGUCUUGCCAUGCAGUGUAGUUAUUAGCAGUAUAUGGUUUGUUUUAUUUUAUUUUAUUUUAUUUUUUUACUGUAUGGGGUGGAGGCUGGAGCUUUCUUGUUAUUAUUAGUAUAAUAUAAAUAUAAUAUGUCGUUUUAUUUUAAUUAAUUGGUUUUUUGGUGCA